UCUCCCCCCGAAUGCCAGACCGGAGCUGCUGACCCGUAGCUGUCAACUGUUGCGCCACACUUGGGCCGUUGACAACCAUUUCGUAACGACUUCACACAACGCUCUCACAGUGUUGCAGGCUGGCUGGCGCCGGCUCUCCGUCAGGAUGGGCGACCUGAAGACAAGACUCGCCCAUGCCCGCCAGAAGCUGAUGAGGAAGAACAGCGCGACGACUUCGAGCUCCCGGUCGAUUGCGUCGAGUGCGGGUAGCGAAAAGGCGCGGAAGCCCCUGCGGAAGAGCGUGUCGAUGACGAGGUUGCCAGAGGCUUCAUCAGCACGGGAGUCUGAUGAAGUAGAUGCAGAUCAGCGAAUGUCCAAGUCAGCUAUGUUGCCGCUACCGCAACGGCAGCCAGGGCGAAUUCGAGAUUCGCAUGAAAGCGGCGCCGAAGAUGGUACCGAACGCGGAAGCUCGAGGGAGGAGGAGCACAAGAAGGGUGAUCGACAACGGGGCAGCGGCCAGGAUACUUCUCGCACUACAACAAACACAACCAUAACCACCAACUCUGCAACCACUGAUAAUACCACAAUACCAGCCUCUACCCCUUCAUCGUCGCCGUCUCCCGCGGUGGUGCGAAGUGCGUGUCCCGAGGUCGUAAUCGAGCAGCCCACGCCCGUUCCUCUUCCAGUCAGCUCCGGUGCGCUGGAUCAACAACACGUGCCGGAAGACGCCGCUCCAGAAGCUACUUCUACCGCGAAUUAUUCAACCAUCGACCUCGAACACCCAUCCGAACUUCCACAAUCAUCACCCACAGCGCACAGCGGCUCCCGAAUCUCCCCUCCAGAAAUUAUUCGACGCCAAUCCCUCGUCACCACCUCGAAUGCACGCAUCAUAAAGACACUCCUCGAGCCAGAAGCAUCCCAGGCUGCCCUCACCAACGGGCCUCCAACAGCAGACUACUUCGCCGUCUCCGGUGCCACCCUCCCCUUGACUGCAAGCAUGUUACACCGCAAGAUCUGGGUGAAGAGGCCCAAUGCUUCUGCAACACUGGUACAAAUACGGGAGGAUGAUCUGGUCGACGAUGUUCGAGACAUGAUUCUGAAAAAAUACGCGAACUCGCUAGGCAAGAGCUUCGAUGCACCGGACGUUGUGAUAAGAAUCCAUCCGCGAGACUCCACAUCCAAGGCAGGAGAUCGCCUCCUGGGACCUGAGGAGGACAUGUGCAGGACUCUGGACGCUUAUUACCCGGGUGGACAAUCUGUCACAGAGGCCCUUCUCAUCGAGGUACCGCAUCGGAGGACCCCGAAACCAUCCCCUCGCAUACCACUCUACUAUUCCCAUCAUGACGACUCCCGACCUGUCGAGUCCGCGUCCGAGUACUUCCCGCCCAUGCCCAUCGUGAAUCCUUCUGCUGGUGCCAUGGCCGGCAGUGCGCACGAUGCGCGGAUAAACCUCCCACACGCCCCGCAUUCGAUAUCUGUGCUUCAGACUGGUCAGCUCCCGCCCCUUCCAUCGCCUGGCACUUCCAGAAGAGCUCACCACUCCCGCCCAAAGUACCCCCGUCAUAACACUGCAUCGCCCACUACACUCACUGCGCAGGGCACUACCGCCGUGCCGAUUCGACCCGUCCCGAACCGACCCCGUCACGAUUCAUCGGCUUCUGAGACCAAGCAUUCCGCGUCCUCCAACCCGAUACCCACGCCUCCCGCGCCGCUGGAGACUGUGCCACAGCAGACUUCUACUCCCCCGACCCCUCGUGUCGCUUCUCCACGCCCGGAGAAGAAGCGCAAGAAACCUAAGGCUGUGGACGCUCCGAGCCUCCCGGCCGGCUUGCUGGAUGGAUCAGUGCCACCAAUCAAUGUCUUGAUUGUGGAAGACAAUAUCAUCAAUUUGAAGGUUCUCGGUGCUUUCAUGCAGCGCCUGAAGGUACGGUGGCAGAAGGCCUUGAACGGAAAGGAAGCCGUGGAGAAGUGGAGAGCGGGAGGAUUUCACUUGGUGCUUAUGGAUAUUCAGCUGCCAAUCAUGAACGGUCUGGAGGCAACCAAAGAGAUUCGCAGGCUGGAGAGAGUCAAUAGUAUUGGCGUCUUCAGCAGUGGUAGCAGUGAAGCACCCAACAACAGGCUUGCAGAUGGACAGAUCGAGAAAGAAGCAAAGGACGACGACAUACUCGGUGACAAGAGCCUGUUUAAGAGUCCGGUCAUCAUCGUGGCUCUGACAGCUAGCUCCUUGCAGAGUGACAGGCACGAAGCAUUGGCAGCCGGAUGCAAUGACUUCUUAACAAAGCCUGUCAACUUUGUCUGGCUCGAGCGCAAGGUCAAAGAAUGGGGUUGCAUGCAAGCUCUAAUUGACUUCGAUGGUUGGCGCAAAUGGAAAGACUUUGCCCCUCAAUCGGAUACGAAAGACGGCAUGAAGAAGCUGUCCUCUAGUUAUCACAGCGUUGCACCAAGGCACAGGAACAGCACAAGCCUACUUCCAUCUUCUACCAAUGCCACCGGCAAGACAGGACCCACGGCGGCCAAUGGAGUAACAUCAAGCAAGAGCAAGGAAGAAGAUAAGAAGAACAAGCGGAGAUCCGUCGGAGUGAUCCCGCCUCCCGUGCUGCCAGAAGAAGACAGCGGCACGGGCACUCCGGAUGUCGACAGCUCUGGAGGUUAAGAAUGUGAACCCUGACUGGUCGCAUUUCUCCAUCUGACGACUCCCAUUCCAUCCCAAAUUCCCACUCGGUUGUAAAUUGAACCUCACAUCUA